UCAACUGAUGCAACAACAACUGAAUACAUCACAAGUCCUGAACCAACAACUACAACUGAAUCAUCGACAUCAACAGCUCAACUUGAGACUACAGUGCUAGAAACAACCACAGUACAAACCAGUACAACCACUGAACCUCCAACAUCAACUACAGAACAAGUAACAACCCUGCUUACAACCACCUCAACUGAUGCAACAACUACUGAAUACAUCACAAGUCCUGAACCAACAACUACAACUGAAUCAUCGACAUCAACAGCUCAACUUGAGACUACAGUGCUAGAAACAACCACAGUACAAACAAGUACAAUCACUGAACCUCCAACAUCAACUACAGAACAAGCAACAACCCUGUUUACAACCACCUCAACUGAUGCAACAACAACUGAAGUCAUCACAAGUCCUGACCCAACAACUACAACUGAAUCAUCGACAUCAACAGCUCAACUUGAGACUACAGUGCAAGAAACAACCACAGUACAAACAAGUACAACCACUGAAUCUCCAACAUCAACUACAGAACAAGUAACAACCCUGCUUACAACCACCUCAACUGAUGCAACAACAACUGAAUACAUCACAAGUCCUGAACCAACAACUACAACUGAAUCAUCGACAUCAACAGCUCAACUUGAGACUACAGUGCUAGAAACAACCACAGUACAAACCAGUACAACCACUGAACCUCCAACAUCAACUACAGAACAAGUAACAACCCUGCUUACAACCAUCUCAACUGAUGCAACAACUACUGAAGUCAUCACAAGUCCUGAACCAACAACUACUACUGAAUUAUCAACAUCAACAGCUCGACUUAACACUACAGUGCAAGAAACAAGCACAGUGGAAACCAGUACAACCACUGAACCUCCAACAUCAACUACAGAACAAGUAACAACCCUGCUUACAACCACCUCAACUGAUGCAACAACAACUGAAUACAUCACAAGUCCUGAACCAACAACUACAACUGAAUCACCAACAACUCCAUUUCCAACUACAGCGCAGGAAACAACAACUGUAGAAUCUGCAUCGACCUCCACAGAAUUAACAAGUCAUGUAACGACUAUAACAACAACAGUUACACCACAAACAGAGAUGGAAGGAUACCUUUAUCUCCGCUUCAGACUGGUUCGGAAUUACAUUGCCACAUAUAAUGAUCCAAACUCAGCCGAUUUUCAGAAUUUGGCCAAAGAAGUAAUAAAUGAGGUCAGUACAAUAUUCGCACAGAAAUACCCAGUGAUUUUCAGAAGAUGUGAGAUCCUCAAAUUUUGGCCUGGCUCUACUGGAACAGAUUCUCAGUUGGUUUUCCAAAAUCAGAGUGUAGUACCAACACUAACAAAUGCAACAGAGACACUACAGCAAGCUGUGAAUGCAUCCAACCCUUUACAAAUUAUUGUUCAAACUAUUGAAAUUGAAUUAAAUUCAAGUGACUUUGCCACAUACACAACACAACCAACAACAUAUGGGACAACACUGGAAGACACAACAACCACACAAGCAUCAACAACCUCUGUUCAGGUCACAACAACAACUUCUGAACUCCUGACAAGUUCUUUACCAACUACCAGUCAGGCACCAACAACAUUACUUGAGACAACUUCUGAGAUUCCCACAAGUUCUGUACCAACUACAACUCAGCUAUCAACAACAUUACCUGAGACAACUUCUGAGAUCCCCACAAGUUCUGUACCAACUACAACUCCGCUAUCAACAACAUUACCUGAAACAACUUCUGUGAUUCUCACAAGUUCUGUAGUAACUACAACUCAGGAAACAACAUUGUCUGAGACAACAACUGAAAUGGUCACAACUUCUGUACCAUCUACAACUCAGGCAACAUCUUUACCCGAGAUAACUUCUGAACUCCUGACAAGUUCUGUACCAACUACCACUCAGGCACCAACAACAUUACUUGAUACAACUUCUGAGAUCCCCACAACUACAACUCAGCUAUCAACAACAUUACCUGAGACAACUUCUGUGGUCUUCACAAGUCCUGUAGUAACAACAACUCAGGAAACAACAUUGCCUGAGACAACAACUGAAAUGGUCACAACUUCUGUACCAUCUACAACUCAGGCAACAUCUUUACCCGAGACAACAACUGAACUCCUGACAAGUUCUGUACCAACUACCACUCAGGCACCAACAACAUUACUUGAGACAACUUCUGAGAUGCCCACAAGUUCUGUACCAACUACAACUGAGCUAUCUACAACAUUAUCUGAGACAACUUCUGUGAUUCUCACAAGUUCUGUACCAACUACCACUCAGGUACCAACUACAACUCUACUAUCAACAACAUUACCUGAAACAACUUCUGUGGUCCUCACAAGUUCUGUACCUACUACAACUCAGGAAACAACAUUACCUGAGACAACAUCUGUAGUCCUCACAAGUUCUGUCACAACAACAACUCAGGCACCGACAACAUUACCUGAGACAACUUCUGUAGUCCACACAAGUCCUUUACCAACAUCAUCUCAGUCACCAUCACCUAUGACAACUACAGUGCCUGAAACAACAACAGUAUUCUCCAGAACAACAACUGUAGCUGAAUCAUCUACACCUCCAACAGUUUCUACCAGUGCCUCAACAACAUCACCAUUACCUGCUUCCACCACUACAAGAACUACAACUACAUUCCCAACAACAGGGUCUUCACCUACAACCACAGUAUUUCGCACUUUGUUUCCGUCAUUAAGUACACAACAGUCACUGACAAGUACAACCCAGACAUCUACAGAGCUAGCAACUACAACAACCACCACAAGUCAAGCUUCAUCUACAACACUGAAGCAACUGAUCACUACUGCAAACUUGGGAACUACUAUACAAGCUUCAACAACUACCACUUUAACUUCCACUACUACAACUGUCUCAACUACAACAGCAUCUAACUAUCCACCAUUGCCAAAUGAAGGAUACCUUUAUCUACAGUUCAGGAUGAUCAGAAUCUUCAUCCCAGCAUAUAAUGAUCCAACUACCAAUGAAUAUAAGUCACUGGAAUCAAAUGUAACGACUGAGUUAAAUAGAGGAUACAAAAUAAUGUACCCUCGCACAUUCCGAAGAUGCAUAGUCAUUGGCUUUUGGUCGGGCUCUGUUGGUGUGACUACUCAAUUGAUCUUUGACAACCAGACAGUGGUGCCCAAUAUAACGGACACAGAAAAAUCUCUGCAAACAGCAAUUAACUCCUCCAAUGUCUUCUUAAAUAUCAUUGAAACCAGUAUUCAAGCUGAUGUAAAACUAGACACGUCAACAACUGCCAACGCUGGAACUACAACCAUGACCACAAUCACCACAACACAAACAACUACAAGAGCACCGACUAGUCAAACUGCUGCCCAGACUACGUCCAACAGUGCAACGGCAAGAAACCGACCCAAAGACGUGGUCACCUUACUUCUCCCUCUCAUCCUCAUUUACUUCCUUCUAACAGAGCUAAGAGUAUAACACAAAUAAAUGCAUCUCUAAAUAGAACGCCAGCAUUAAAAUCAGAAUAAAAUCUACUGUUAGCCAAUUAUAUAUAAAUGUGUUAAUAAAAAAACACUUCAAUAAAUAAAACACAGGCAAUAAUACUGAUCUGCAUUUUAAACACAUUCUAUAGUUGGACUUUAUGUUUCUGUAGUUAAAAUAUCUUUUCUCUGUAAUAAUUAAAUUAGUAAUCAAUUUAUAAAAUAAUGCAAUACUGUUCUGCUUUUUUUAUUUUAAUAGGUUCUCAAACAUUUAUUUUUUUAUGAAUUUAUUAAAUGAACUGUAAUGUAAUUUCUAAUUUUCUGUAACAAUCAAAUAACUGUAAUUUGAAUGUAAAUUGUGAAUAUCUUAUUGUGUUAAAUAGAUUAAUUUAAAAAUUGUAUAAUUUAAGAGCAUUUUGUGGGACUUUCUUCUGCUUCUUGCAGAAUAAUUUAUUUAUUAUAAAUAGUCUAAUAUUUUUAAUCAGUAUGCAUCUUUAAAUGUUUUGCACUUAUUUAAUUAAAUGUAAUUAAAUGCAUAAGGUUUGCACAUUUAUCUGUUUUGAGUCUUCCAAUCAUUCUGUGUUAAAUAAAAAUAUAUUUUAAAUAAUAUAAA